AGGUUCACAUCGUUCCUCGCUGGCCCGCCGCGCAGAAUGUCAAGAAGAGCCGAGGCCUGGGCCUCAGCGCCGCCCGGCGCCCCUGUGUGCGCACCUGGCAGCCACAGGAGCUGACGCCGGCUGCGGGCCUAGCAGAGCGCCAGGCAUGCCUUCCCCUGGGGAGCCGCCGCCGCCCUGGGCCUGGAACUCCGAGCCCGCGGACGUCGGGCCGGGGGCGCCGCCUCUCCCCAAAGGUUCCGGGCGUGGGGAGGCCGAGACACGGGAGUGCAUCUACUACAACGCCAACUGGGAGCUGGAGCGCACCAACCAGAGUGGCCUGGAGCGCUGUGAGGGUGAGCAGGACAAGCGGCUACACUGCUACGCCUCCUGGCGCAACAGCUCAGGCACCAUUGAGCUUGUGAAGAAGGGCUGCUGGCUAGACGACUUCAACUGCUACGACAGGCAGGAGUGUGUGGCCACCGAGGAGAACCCCCAGGUGUACUUCUGCUGCUGUGAAGGCAACUUCUGCAACGAGCGCUUCACCCACCUGCCUGAGGCAGGGGGCCCAGAAGUCACGUACGAGCCACCCCCGACAGCCCCCACCUUGCUCACUGUGCUGGCCUACUCGCUGCUGCCCAUCGGGGGCCUCUCCCUCAUAGUCCUGCUGGCCUUCUGGAUGUACCGGCAUCGCAAGCCCCCCUAUGGCCACGUGGACAUCCAUGAGGACCCUGGACCUCCACCCCCGUCCCCUCUGGUGGGCCUGAAGCCGCUGCAGCUGCUUGAAAUCAAGGCUCGGGGGCGCUUCGGCUGUGUCUGGAAAGCGCAGCUCAUGAAUGAUUUUGUGGCUGUCAAGAUCUUCCCACUCCAGGACAAGCAGUCGUGGCAGAGUGAGCGGGAGAUCUUCAGCACGCCCGGCAUGAAGCACGAGAACCUGCUACAGUUCAUUGCCGCUGAGAAGCGAGGCUCCAACCUGGAGGUGGAGCUGUGGCUCAUCACGGCCUUCCACGACAAGGGCUCCCUCACAGAUUACCUCAAGGGGAACAUCAUCACGUGGAAUGAACUGUGUCAUGUGGCAGAGACAAUGUCAAGAGGCCUCUCGUACCUACACGAGGACGUGCCCUGGUGCCGUGGCGAGGGCCACAAGCCAUCUAUUGCCCACAGGGACUUUAAAAGCAAGAAUGUAUUGCUGAAGAGUGACCUUACAGCUGUGCUGGCUGACUUUGGCCUGGCUGUUCGGUUUGAGCCAGGGAAACCUCCGGGGGACACUCAUGGGCAGGUGGGCACGCGGAGGUACAUGGCCCCUGAGGUGCUCGAGGGAGCCAUCAACUUCCAGAGAGACGCCUUCCUGCGCAUUGACAUGUACGCCAUGGGGCUAGUGCUGUGGGAGCUCGUGUCCCGCUGCAAGGCUGCCGACGGACCUGUGGACGAGUACAUGCUGCCUUUUGAGGAGGAGAUUGGUCAGCACCCGUCCUUGGAGGAGCUACAGGAGGUGGUUGUGCACAAGAAGAUGCGACCUGCCAUCAAGGAUCACUGGUUAAAGCACCCGGGCCUGGCCCAGCUCUGUGUGACCAUCGAGGAGUGCUGGGACCACGACGCAGAGGCUCGCCUGUCGGCGGGCUGCGUGGAGGAGCGGGUGUCCCUGAUCCGGAGGUCGGUCAACGGCACUACCUCGGACUGCCUUGUCUCCCUGGUGACCUCUGUCACCAAUGUGGAUCUGCCCCCUAAGGAGUCGAGCAUCUAAGCCCAGGACACGUGGACCUCCAGACUCAGUGGCUCUGAAGAGGAAAGGAGAAAGAAAAGUUGUGUUUUGUUUUGGAAAUCCCAUAACACCAACAAACACAUAAAAUGCAGCUGCUAUUUUACCUUGACUUUAUUAUUAUUAUAAUUAUUAUAAUUAUUAUUAUUAAUAUUAUUUUUGGGAUUGGAUCAGUUUUUACCAGCACAUUGCUCUACUGUAUCGCAAACAGUGGACACGUCAGCAGGCGCUGAGGUGCUGAGCUGUGAAUGCCGAACCAGCGCCGCUGAAGAGCCUCGGCCACCUCCCGCCCUCGGGGUUCAUUUUUCCCGCUUUCUCUUUGUUUGUCGUCUCAGAAUCUGUGACACAAAGAAACCCAUCUCCUGUCUUAGGAACCUUAAUGCUGCAAACUCUACCUAGAGAAACCUUUGAAGACUGUUACAUAAGAACACAUCUUCCUCAAAGGAGGAGGUUCCCUCUGCCCCCAUCCCCCUGCCCUGUCCCUUUUACUCUUUUUUCCCCUUUUUAGACAGUGAGUUGAAGAAGCAGCAGACGUGUCUUUCACGGAUUAACGGGUGUUGUCCUGACCGAGGAAAACUGGGCUGAAGAUGAGGAUGGUUUGGACUGGAGCUGGAAGGGGAGGACAGAGCUGGGGGUGGGGGGUGGGGGCACAGCUACACUGGACUCGGGCACAUUCGGAGCAACAUCCUUGGCCAUGAGACUACUUCUCAGGUAACCAGGAAUCGCGGGGAAGGAUUGUGAGGAGGCUGAGCAUUAACAGCGAGAGUGGGGUUUGGAGAAAGUCUGAAGUCAGGUGUGGCUUUGACCCACCUGUUGGCCCUGACCAGUUUUUUCCACUAAUUUGGGCUUGGGCGUAGGAGAGAACAUUUUUUUCUGCCCUGAUUUUAAGGUUAGGCAAGGGUAGAAAUCAUCACGUUUUACUGAGUAUGUUCUUCAUUAAGACGUGAUACUGUAAAUAUCUUUAAUGGAGGAAAAGUUGAAAUUUGUACCUUGCUUCCUCCUGGAGCAGUUCAGGGAAAUGCCCAUGGGGGGGCGCCCUGCACAAGCAGGGUGAGAGGAUUUCCUGGGUGGGGCCUGCCAAGGCCUGCCUCUCUGGAGAGCCCCAGAGUCCUGCAGCACUGGCUCUGCCCUGUGUGGUGACAUCACUGUCCCUUCAUGUGGUACGUGGACAUAGCUUUCUCCAGACCCCUUAAAGAGGUGCAUACUCGAAAAACUGUCUCUAUUAUGCCAUAGCCUUGCUCUAGUCAGUGAAUGUUCCUAAUGCUGCUGUUUCAACAUUUGAAUUUUUUUUAAUUUAUGAAACAUGCAAAUUUUUUUAAAAAACAAAACACACACAUCCACAUAUACACACAUGCUUUGCUAUGUGGCUUCCGAGGUUUAAAUUUUGAAAAGUAAAAGAAUUGAAUCUUCACGACCACAGACCACCUCAAACCAGAAAUACCUCAGAAUUUUCUACUUGUGUAAGUUUAUUAUAUAUUUUAUUAGUUGUGUUGUCUUGUAGUAAGUAUAUUUUAAUGUAAGUUGGCUUUUAUGACAAAGUUUAAAAGAAAUAGAGAAAAAGAAAAAAAAGUUGUGAGUCUUCUAGGGAGUGCUACCAUUUUUCUUUGAUAACGCCCCCUUGUAAAUAACUGUCAUCAACUGUAGGUUGGCUGUCUGGGCCGAGUCUGGGCAUUCAUCACUCUUCUUUGUGAAGGCUUUUCCUUCCAGUUUCUUUAGACCAUUUUAUUUGAAAACUGGAUCUCUUAACUUGAGGGCAGGCAAGUUGGUGGGCGAUGGGGAGAUAGGGAGAGAUUGGCUUGGAUGAGGAUGGGAGGCGGCGCCUCUUCCUGAGUUAUUUGGAGGUUCCGAUGUUUCCCUGGACCUGACGGGUGGCCCCACUUUCACUUGAUAGCACUGUGGCCCUUAGACCCGUGUGAGGUAAUUUGGCUUGAGACUUGAUUUCUUAAGUAAAUGAGCAGCAGUGCUUGUGGAGUUGAUCCGUGGGUCUCUGGAUCCACAGCGCCCGGGCCAGUCUGUGACAACAUGUCUGUGUGGUGAGGGCUCAGUGCCGUGUGCUGCGUGGGGUCUGGGGCCCCUGGGCUGUGUCCGUCUCUCUGCGUGUCUGGGCAUAGGGUGCUGUGGGGGGCAAGUUAGCUUCCCUCUCAGAGCUCAGUUUUUGCUUCAUGUGUCAGAAUGUGAGCUGGCAAGGUGGCUACAGGGACAGGUUUUUGUUUUUCGUUGUUGUUGUUAAGUUAUUUGUCUUUUUCGUCUUUUCUCUUUUAAAGUAUUUUGUGGUGUGGUAUUUUUCUUCCCUCAGAAUAAUUUUUACAGCAAAAUGGGCCUUACAGCAGUUGCUUUUCUUUUCCACUUAUUUCUUUCAGAAGCUUUAAAAUAUUUAUUGAAAAGUGCCAUAUCUGAUUUCUCCAGCUUUCUCCUCAGGCAGUGCCAGGCAUCUCUACUUUUCAACCCUCAGAAGAAACAAAUAAACCCCUAACAAAUGUAGCUUAUUUUCUAGGGGGAUGAUCAAGUCCCCGAUCCUACCCUACUCGGUGUGGAACACUAAACCCCAGCCUCUCUGUUCCAUUUUAGAUUUCCCCUGGGCGCUUUUUCCUUUGUGUGCUGGCUUGGUUCUUGUGAGAGCAAGUUUGGACCUGGCUGUGGGGGCCUGUGCGGGGCUGUGCUGUGGGACCUGCAGGGCAGGCAGGCCGGGCAGGGGAGGCCUUUUGUCUGGGGAGGCUCCCUCUUUGCUGACCCUGUGCUCAGUCAUUGUCGCUCCCUUUGGGGCCUUGGCCCCAGAGUAAGGAAUCCAGAGGUGGCCCCUGUGUGGCCUGGCUGGGCAGAGGGGAGGGUUGAGGGGUGCAGUUCUUGUGGCCUCUGGUGGCCUUUCCCCACGAGCUGUGCCCCUGACGGUGCUCACAGCUAGGAGAAGGUGGGUGUCUCCUUCCAGGGCGUGCCGCUGGGGGCCUGGUGGGUCUUUCGCCUCAUGCGUUAUGUAUGUUAUGUCUGUUGCCGCGUAUUUUCUGGGAAGUGGACCAUCCAGAGCUCUGGUUUGUGUUGACUGGGCUGUGAGGCCUCUGCCUGGGCUCUCUUCCACAAAGACUGCACACAGGCUCCACUUCUGGGGAGCCUCAGAUCACCGAUGCACCUUUCUUCCCUGCCAAGCUCUGUGGAGGACCGGUGGAUAUCAAGGCUGGCAUUCAUUGUUUUUCCUGCCUCGUCCCUGGUGGCCGUGUCAGGGGACAGAAGUGGCCCAGGACCCCCAUCCUGUCCUUGCUGGUGUACUGUCAUCCGAGCAGACUCCUGGCUGUGGGGGGGACUUGUGGGGAGAAUAUGUUCUGUUUGGAAACACCCGUGAUCACUGUGGGGUGAUAAUCCUGAGCCAGAGAGAUCCAGGAGUGAGCAGGGGAAGGAAGAGACCUGGACAGCCAACUGUGUCACAGUGUCCAGCAGAAGAAUCUUAAAGACAUAGUCAUUUGCGCAUCCCAGGGCUGGCGUGAGCUGGGUUUUCUCCCCAGGUGUUGGUCCCUGCCUAGGGUCCUUUGAGUGAAUUACUUGGGUUCAGGGGCUGAACUGUUCGUAGGAGGAAGGGAGGCCCGACUGUGUGGAAACAUGAGCUCCAUCAGCCUUGUGCGCAGAGUGGCCUUCCUGUCCUGUUGGCUCUCAGUAGUGCCAGGUUUGGGGGAUCAGUCCUAGUCCUGGUGGGGAGACUGACUCAGAAUGCAUCCUGUCUGGAUGAGGAGCAUGUGUCAGAACAAGAAGGACCUUGUCCAGCCUCCAAACACUGCCAGGAUGCUUAAUAAGCAGCCCCCUCCCCCCCAUGUUCUCAGCUAAGAGAAAAGCUCUGUUAUCUGCAGGCCACUGAGAUGGUUCUUCCCUGCCCCUAGGGGCCAGCCCUCCUGUCGAGUCAUGCUUUUAGGAAGCUGAGCAUGUGACCCUGCAAUGCUGCUCUGGCCCCUUUCUCUCUACUUGGCCACCUUCUUGCCCUGCCACUCUGCACUGAGUGCUUGUGCUGCGUGUUCGCCGUUUCCUUGGUGGCAAGCUCAGCUGUGCGUUGAGGGUCCACCAUGUGCUAUGUGGGGCUCAGAAAGCCCGUCAUAUGGCCCCUGUGCCCUGAGCCUUGAGGUCAGGGAAGCAGCUGUGCCAUCCAGGGUGGGAGGACUGGCUGGCCCUCUUGCAAGUGGAACUUUGCCUUUUUUAGAAUGCUACGUAAAGUUGACAGCAUCUAUUGGUAAUACGAGGAUUUGAUGGUGUUUUUUAGUAAUUUAAUAAGCAUAGGUAUAUAAGUUUUUAGAAUUGGUACUAGAAGUUGAAUAGCCAAGCAUUAAUCCAGAAAACUUGGCUCACAAGAAAAAUACCUAAAUUAGCACUUUCCAAGUGUUUGAUUGUCGGUGCCAGCUAUUUCAAUAGCUGGUUGGGUUUUGAAUCUUUAGAGAGAAUCCAGGCCUGCCUGGUUCACAGUUCAGGGUCCUCAGACCACACCUUUCUAAGAAGCACAGAGAAUUGACACUCCACCCCACCCCCCACCCCUGCCCCACCCUAGUCCAGGGCAAGCAGCCAGAAAGGAAAGAGGGCAAACUGGCUUUUUGUCUUUGUUUAGGUGACUUGAAUUUUCCUAGGUCAGUGGCUGUUUACAGAAGCUGAACUAGUAAAAUACUCAGCAGCUAAUAUGUUCAGCCUGGUCAGCCUAGUAAUGACGAGUUUAAGUUUUGGUCAAGAGUAAUGUUUAGAGUAAAGAAAGAGGCCCAGUAAUUCAGUUGAUGAUCUGUUUAUAUAUCUUCUCAGUCUAGAUCUGUAAACGUUUAAUGAAUUCAGGGUUAUAGGCAUAGUUCUUUAAGAUUCUUGAUAGUUAAUUUGUAACCAGCAAUUCACCUAUGAAUGUAUCUCAAACCUUUAGGAGGCUUGGGGAAGUUUUUUAAGAUGAUGAUUUAGUUUUGUAGCAAAAGGAAACUGAAGUUUAAAAUGCUCCCUCCCCCUUGGAAAUUAAUUCAUUUGAUUCAGCCACACUUUAAAAACAAUUACCGUUGCCCCUCUGUGUCCACAGGUUUCUCAUUCGUGGGUUCAACACCUUGCAUCAAAAACAUUUGGGAAAAAAAUUGACAGAAUAUUCUGAAAAUCACAACCUGAAUUUGCCAUCUACUGGCAACUAUUUACAUAGUAUUUAUAUUAUAAGGUAUUCUAAGCAAUCUAGAGCCGAUUUAAAGUAUAUGGGAAGGGAGUUCCCUGGUCGCUCAGCAAAUUAAGGAUCUGACAUUGUCAUUGCGCUGGUUUGGGUCAUUGCUGUGGCUCAGGUUUGCUCCCUGGCCUGGGAAUGUCUGCAUGCCUCAGGCGUGGCCAAAAAAAUAAGUGUAAAUAAAUAAAAGUGUACGGGUGGGGGGGGGGCGGGAUCUGUGGAGGUUAUAUGCAAACCUUACAUCAUUUUAUAUAAGAGUUUUGAGCAUCUGUGGAUUUUGGUAAACCCCCCCCCCUUUCCCCCAGCCCCACCACACACAUAGAGAGACAGCUGUAGUAGGUCCAAGAAGCUUAUAAAUUAUCAUCAAGAUAUAAUCCAAAUUACAUAGUGGGAUAUUUUGAAUAUUCCUAUUUUAUACUUAUUUUGGGUCCACUGUAAACUUUGGUGUGGACAAGAUUUUGAAUUUAAAGGAUUUACCACUAUUUAAAUUUUUACCAAGCUCUUAUAUUUUCAUGAUGGUAUGCUCCCAGUGUGAAUGAAGCAGGAUUUUUUCAUUGUGGUCCUCCACGUAUCCCCCUAGUGCCAAAACCAGUGAUAUUUUAUUUGCUCCUAUGGCAGCUCGUAGUGAUAACACAAGUGUUUUUCCCUCAUGAACUAGAAUGCAUUUUCUCUGAAUGCCCACAUGUGUGGUGGGCCCCGCGCUGCCCUCUCUUCUCUAAGAGAGUCUUUAGAUUGUCCGGGGCCUAGGCAGUUCUGAGAACUACUGCGAGCCAACUACAGGACACUAACAAGAAAUGCACACACAGACGUGUGUGUGUGUGUGUGUGUGUGUAUGUGUGUGUGUGUGUGUAUACAGUGGAUUCUACACUCGUGGGCUCUUCUGGACAUCUGCAGAAAAGCGUUCCAUUCAUUUGCACAGUUUACAUUUUUUAAGCUCACAGUUGUUAAAAAAAAAAAUGACCCAUUAGCCAGGGCUUUUCAGGCAGGUGAGGAUGGGUAUCUUGGCAAAUGGAUGAAUUCUGACGUGAGUCCUGGGAGUUUCUGCUGUUGUUUGGGUGUGGGCUCAUUGCCUGACUCUCCAAUCACGUUUGUGUUGUUGGAAUGUCGUGAGGUAGCAUUGUAAAUAAGAGUCUAGGGUAUAUAAUAGAGAUACAACACUUGAAAUUUUACUUUAAGAAAUCUAUAGCACUCCAUAUAUAUUUAGUUAAAUCAUUUGACAGAUUCUUCUGCACAGUGUGGAGAUUGUUUUAUACCACAGAUUAUUUUUAUAAAGUCUAGUGAGUUUGAGUAAAAAUGAAUUUGUAAUCAGAGUAAUAAGCUUUACCUUUUAAGAUAAAUGCACACUGGAGCGAGUGGUGUGGAGCUUUCAGUUAGCGCCCCUUCGGGUUCUCGUUGAUACACUGGCAGAUUGCAAUCUAUCUUUGGGUCUUGUUUGGUGAAAACUCUGCUUGUGGCUGUCUGCAUAUAGGAGAGUCUGCAUGGUACUUGGAUGCUUGGUUCUGCUCCUUGCAGGCUGGGAGGAGAGGGCCUGGGGAGAGGCGAGAGGAGCCUGUGGUGUGCUUUACAAUUGCACUUCCUCCUGAGGUUUCUUUUGAACAAAGCGUUCUGAGUUUAAUAAUUAGUUUGUCAGUUACUCUCUUGGGUGUAGCAGUGUGACAGCGUUUUGAACAGAAAUUGUAUGGGGGUGCAGGUUGGGGUAGGUUGGGGCUAGAAUAAGAUUCAGGCUACAAACAUUUGAAAUGAGGAUUUGGUGACUUGAGAAAUCUACCAGACUGAAUGAUCUAGGACCAAAUUAGCCAGUUUUCAAGGACAGAAUUUCCAGUGGAGUAAUUAUUCAGAAAGGGGGAGGGCUGUGUGUGGACACAGAAAUCAGAUUAAAUGGAGCACUGCCAGGCCCGUCUUCUCCAUCAGGGCUGUUUGGUUGGAGGUGAGGGGCUGGGCUGGCUCCCUGCUUUCGUCUGGCUACUGACCCCAGGAGCCCAUGGAGGAAGCUCAGAACCCUGUACCCGCAGGGCAUCUGUCCAGUGUCUACAAGGUUUUCCUGCUCUUCCUACAGAGGUUAGCAUCAGUGCCAUCACAUGGAAGGCAGUCAUGUCAGCCUUUUGAUUUGGGGGUAGAGAGUGGAUGGUUACUGGGAUGAGCCUUUUUGAUGGGGAUGUAUGGGAAUUGAGUCAUGUGCUAACUCUCUGUAUCCCUAAUUGCUGGAGGCUUGGCCCCUAGACCCCACCUACUGGCUUCAGCGCUGUGUUUGGACGUGCUGGUUGGGACAGUGUUGUCAGGAGAGUCCCUAAUGAGUCAUGGCAGACCGACUGUGCUUUUAUUCGGUCUGUUUGGGAGUAAAGUUUUACACUGCCCCUUUUAUAUACUUGAAUGAAUUUCGUUUUGGCAGAUUCAGGAGCACUCUGGGAACCAGCCCCGGGUCCUUUUUUCCUAUUCCCCAUCUGAGAGCAUUUCUCUGCUCUCUAGCCACACGUCUUGGAAUGUAAUUCUGUUGUGCCUUUGUUUUUGUCACCUGCCUCCCCCCAAAAGCAACUGCUGUAGGCUUUUUUCUACUUGUCUUUUCUAGCCCGAAGCCCCACCUUUUUCCUUUUUCCCAGCUGUAUUUUCUGGAUGCAGUUCUGUGCUCCAGAUGUUUUAAGAACCAGUUACCUCAGACCUCGUGUUGAACAGUGUCACCAUCUGGGUCCUCUCGAAACCGCAGGCUUAUGACAUACACGCAGGAACGCUGCUGAGUAUGGGUACUUAAUUUGUUUUAAAGUAAAACUCUUCCUGAGGAUUGAAAAGGGGGCUCCUGGCAAGUUCUUCACAGUCCUGUGGUGGGAUGGGUCUAGAGUGUCAUCUGAACGGUGCUUCCUGGUUCCUCUUUGAAUUCUGCCAUUUUCAGUAUUCUCGUGUCUGAAUAGGCAAAGUGAUUCAACUGGCUGGUCUUGUACACAAAUGAGUUCUGAAAAUGCACUCUUUGUGACCCAUUUCCAGUCACUAAAGCUCAAAUGUAGAACAUUCCCUUAAAUGGCAGGAUUGAAAACCGCCCCCAUCCACCACAGUGCAUUUCGGGAAGACGUCUGUAGCAUAUGUUGCUGUGAAAUUCUGCCUUGCGGGAUGUGGCUGUUUGUCAUUUUGAUGUAUUUUAAAUAAAUAUAUAUAUAUAUUUUUUAAAGAGCCUUUUUUACCAGUUCAGAAAGUUUAAUUAACCAGCAGUCACCAUAUCUGAAUCUUUGUCUCUGGGGCACAGAUGGCAGACCAAGUUUAAAGUGGUAACUCAGCCCUACUGAGCGUGGGCUGCCUGCCUGGGCCGCCCUGUUGACCAUGGGACACCAGGGUCAGUGUGUCUACACUGGGUUCUGACUCAACCCUCGAAGCGUCUGGUCUCUGCUGUUUGGGGACUGUUGGCUUCAGUUCCUGCAAGCGCUUUAGCCUAACUGGGCUGUUCUCAGCGCACUGCCACGAGCUCAGUGUAUGUUUAGCCAAAUAAUUUCUCCACAAGGGAAAAACGCGCUCAUCGAAAUUUUACCAGCAGUGACAGAGGUGAGAGGAGGAAAGAUUAGGCAACAUCUGGGUUUUGAUUUGGAAUGUGUUCAAGACAUUGUUGAAGGCUGUCUGGGAGGCAGUGAUGGCACAGAGAGUCUUAGGCAACCUCAUCCAAAAGCAUGAAGACCUCCUGUGAGGGGAGGAAUUGUUGAAAUGCCAGCGUCUUUUUCCUCCCCACCCCCUUUUUUUCUCUAGAAUUCUGUAAAAAUGCAAAGAAAAUUGAGUGGUACUUGAGAAUUGGGGGUGAGGGUUACCGCAGGUGAGAAACACACUUUUAGAUUUCAGUUCCAUGCCACAAAUCCACACAAUGCCAUUUUUCAACUGUACAAAAGAAUCUGCUUAUGAAUUUGACAUGACCUUAAUGGUAGCAUCAGGCCGGAUUUUUCACAUGUUAAUAUUUUUCCACAUUUGUCCUUGAAUCUGAAUGACUUCAUACAGUACUGUAAAUUAAACUUAUAUUGAGUUUGAUGUCAAUUCUUCUGAAAAGAGCUUCUGCAUGUAACGCACAAAGAACACAGCAGAGUAUAACAUUUGCAGGACCAACUUUGCAACCAACAGAAGAUGUCAUUUCUCAUUUGCCAUUUUAUAUAUUAGUUUUACCAGCAACUUCUAAAUUUGUAUAUUAUUUGUAAGGAAAAGAAGGAAAACCUAAGACUUGUCUAAUAACUUAGCGGAGAAUGUGUGUGUUGGGUUUAGGAUGGAUAGCGAAGUCUUAUUGAGCUGUGUUACCUAACUUGUAUAUAAAACUGUAAUUAAAAGUUUGGAUUCACCUGUUUCUCGUGGUUUACAAUGAUGAGUCAUUUGCAAACUCUGGAAAUGUGACCAGGAUGUGAUUUAAGACUGUAGAAGUGAGGAAGCUCUUCAAGUCCUUAAACUAAAGACGUCUAGUUUUUGGCUCAAAUUCAAUAAGUACUGUUUAUAUACCAGGAUACGUGAAGAUGUACAUGUAAUAGGUCACUUUGCAACCUUGUAGCUAUAAAAUAAAAAUUUUGUAGAACAGAAAUAGCUUGUACUACUGAAUUAACAAAAGUUAUACUAAAGUAUCAUGUUUAAAAAAAAUAUAUAUAUAUACACACACAGAGUUGAGCUUGUUGCUGUUAACCCUGUCUGGAUUUGAAAAGUGUGCUGAUUUAUAUAUAUAUAUAUAUUAUAUACACACACACACACACACACACACACACACACAUACAUACAUACAUACAUACAUACAUACAUACAUACAUACAUACCGGCAAACAUCUAAAAUGGCCUAAAGCAGACAUCUGUGUAAUUACAGUUGCAAAAUGAAGACAUUUGGGAAAGAACAUUGUAUCAUAGUUCAUUCAUUUGCAGUGGAUCUUUGUUCUUUUUUUACUGUGGUAAUUUUAGAAAUGAGUGUCAAGUUUGAAAUUAGAUCUGCUACGUUGGGGUUUUGCUGCUUGAACUCUGCACUGGGUCCUCAAAUAAACCGAUGUGAAUGUAGUUUUUUCCCCUGUGUGAAGCAGCAGCCACACCCCAACAGAAUAGGAGGAAAAAUCUAGAACUAUUUCAAGUUUUAUCUUUUUGUAUAUGAAAAUAAAAUGAUAAUAAUAAUAAAA